CCGCAGCGAGCCCAGCGUCCCGAUCAAAGUUUUAAAGAGACUAACGUGAAACAUGAUUGCCAGUCUGAUCUAUUUCGUGCUGUUUCCGUUGACGAGGCUGAUCGGACGCGUCUCAGGACUGUGGCGGACGACACCGUGUGCGUACAUUAAUGGCAGAGAGGUUGGGGAUGUUCGUGGAGCUCCUUCCAGACGGCUUCCAGAGCUUCAGACGGAUCUGUUACUGCACCGCCGCAGCACAACACGCAUCAUUCCCGGCCCAGAAGGCACGGAGAGGGAACACACCUGUGGAAUGGUGCCGGGACGAGCUCCUCCGGACAGCGGGGAGGCGGUAGGUGAAACGCAGAGGAGGCGAGAGGACGAGCUGGAUGAGGAGGUGAUGUGUGACGACACACCACCUGUGACGGAGGUAAACACCUGUGAACACGAGUGCCGCUCAGAACUGACGGAGGGUUUGGAGGACAUCAAGGGUGUUGCUUUAGUGGUAACAGAAGUGGAGCUCACAGCGUCACCAGUGGACGGGUGUCAGGAAAUAACAAGCGAUUGUGCUGCCCUGGUCAACUUCCUCCAAGAGCCUCAGGUCAGUCCCGAUGACACGACUCCAUCUGAGAGCGAACCGGACCCUGCUCGUGUAAGCGGAGUGUCUCUGGAUCUAACGGCAGAACUUCACGCAAGUGCUGAAGGAACGGAAGAUGAUGAUGAAGAUGCACAUCCCAGCGCACGUUGCUCUGAAAUGCUGCUGGGGUUGGAUUGGGACACUGAAGGUGAAGCUCAGUUCAUGACCAGCCAUCCCGUGUUUGAUUUGAGGGCGUUACUUGCGGAUUCUCACUGCGUUCAGAGACCAGCAGAGCCCGUCGGUUGGCAUUUUCCAACAGGUUUGGGACUGUCAGAUGUGUGUUUUUGCCCUUAUGUGCAGUUUCCGGCGCUCAGCUACUAUCCUGCGGCUCAAGACGACAUCAAUAUUGAAGGUGGGAUCAUCGCAAAAACACCUGCUGUGACAUGGAGGUUAUGGGAGGACCUGAGUGAAGCCUGUGGUGAGCCGUGUGCGGACCUCUUUGAAUUCAGCAUCAUGUCUUACAACAUUCUGGCUCAGGAUCUGCUGGAGGCUCAUCCAGAACUCUACACACACUGUCCGGAGGAGGUGUUGCUGUGGGAAUACAGAUUUCAUCUCCUCCUGCGGGAGCUGCACGUCUGGAUGCCUGAUAUUGUGUGUCUUCAAGAAGUCCAGGAGAAUCACUUUCAGGAGCAGAUGUAUCCUGUCCUUAUUGAGAUGGGAUACACCUGCAUCUAUAAGCGACGCACCGGCAGCAGAACGGACGGCUGCGCUGUGUGUUACCAGAGCGAGCGUUUUACUCAACUCUCCGUCAACCUGCUGGAGUUUUACCGAUCCGACUGCCAGCUGCUGAACCGUGACAACGUGGGCAUUGUGUUGCUCCUUCAGCCAAUCACAGAGCAGGGUGAAGCUCUCAGUCCCAUAUGUGUGGCCAACACGCACCUGCUGUUUAACCCCAGGAGAGGGGACGUGAAGCUGGCGCAGCUGGCCAUCGUGUUGGCUGAGAUUGACGUGAUGAUGAAGACAUGUGAAAGUCAAGGUAGACGCUGUGAGGUUGUUCUGUGUGGAGAUUUUAACGCGUUACCCAACUCACUUCUGCUGAAGUUCAUCACCAGCGGUCAGCUCUACGUCUUUGGCUUACCGGCCUGGAUGGUUUCAGGUCAGGUGGAUUUGUCUAGUAAAUUUCAUCAAAGUAGGAUUUUCGAGCCACUGUGGCUGGACAAACUCGGCAUCAAUGAAAACUGUCAGUAUGGGGUUUAUUCUGACCCGAGGACCAGCGGCCCAGAGAAAUUGCAGUACAGUCAUGAUUUUCUUCGCCGGCUGCAAUUCUGUCAGGCGUCAUGUGUGCGACCACCAGACCUGGACGUUAUACCUGGAGUCACAGACAAUACACCGGACCCUGACGAGAUCCACAUGUUCAGUUUCAGGUUCGGACACACUUUGUUUCACGGUCUGAAACUGACGUCAGCUUACCCUCACACCCAUCCCAUCACUCACAACUGUGUGCUCACCACACUGAACUCAGAGGGAGGAGCCAUGGUGGACUACAUCUUCUACUCCACUCCGACACGCAACGCUGCUCACGUGAAAGAGAGAGGCGGUGGUUUGAAGCUACUCGGUCGUCUGUCAUUGCUGUCUGAAGAAGAUCUCUUGUCACUCAAAGGACUUCCCAAUGAAACGUUUCCUUCGGACCACCUUAGCCUACUCGCCAAAUUUCAACUCUCUUGAGGCUCUGUCGAGUACUCAAUGACUCAUUUCUGCUUAGUAUUUCUUUACCCUGCUGAGUAUUCCUUGACAUGUUUGAGUUUUCUCUGCACUUUUGAGUGUUUGUCUUCACUUUGCGGUAUUUCUUGACAUUUGUGUAUUUCUCUGCACUUUUAUGGACCUCUUGGCUCUUUUGAGCAUUGAUGUCUUUUGAGGUAUUUUGUGGCUGUGUUGACUAUGUCUCAGCAUUUUUGUGUAUGUCUUGGCUCUGCUGAGUAUUUCUUUGCCCUUGAGUAUUUUUCUCCUCUGUUGGCUGUGUGAUGGUUAAGAACAGGCACUGUGUAUGUCACACACUAUAUACAGGCAACACAUCUGAUUGUAGGGGACUGUAGUAUUUGGUGAUUGUUUUUCUUUAGAAUUUUAACUAGUGAUUCAUUACUAGAUUACGAGAGAUUUAUUUCGCAUUCUGUUGUUUUAUUUUCAAUACUGUAAAAUGCGAGUAAACUGUAUGUUUGAUGAAAAUCAACAUUUUUUUUUCUUUAUGAAAAUGCAAAAUGCGGUCAUGGUCCAUUUGCUCAUUUUUGUGUUGAGUUAUUCUUAACAUUGUUUUCACUUUGAAUUUUUAUUGUAAAUGGAGCAAA